UAAGACCAUGUUGUACAUGUCCCUAAACGGACGGGUGCACUGUGCCAUAUGACAACGGACUUUGUGUAUAGGUAGCAGCCAAUUGUCACCAUCGAACCAUCCAGGUGCCCCAGGGGAAAGACUGUUGGCUCGGUGCGGAAGCCUGUCCUACGUUAAACAGGCUUUGAAGAGUUGGUAUAGGGCUAGUUAAAGGCCCCCUCAAUCCCAAAGAUGGAGGUGCUGGACUUGCCUAAGCGCAAUUCACCCAUUUCACAAUCCACCGCUGUCGCAAUGGGACCAACAUCUCCCCAUCCUGAAGAGAAGGCGUCGGAUGCCCCAUACAUGGUGGACGAUGACUUUGCUGGAGAUGAUGAAGAUGGCGAUGAUGAUUCUAUUUCGCCUAUUUCUGAGAGAGCACCUCCAUGGUCUGGAACUCGCUGGGCUCGUUUUUUCCCCGAACUGUCAUCUCACUUCUCCUUGGCGUCCCCGACUAACAGUACAAAUCCGCCCUUUCCGCAAUUUCACACGAAGGGCCCGCCCCAUAUUGACGGUCCCUCACAGCAACCGGAAAGAAGGAGUAAAGGGCCUUCUUCUCUGUCGUCUGAAGAUGUGGCGGAUAACAGGUCAUCAAGUUACACUAGCAGGUCUUCCUUGACGAGUCAGGGAUCCGAAGCUACAUCGCCAGUUCAUAAAUUGGCGGAUAGUCUUCACAUAACGUCACCCACAAGGGCUGGCGUCUUUGACGAGUCAAAAUAUGCGCAUCAAAUUCCUCCUCCGUUCCCCAGCCGCUCCUCAAUUGCUCAGUCCAAAGAGAAGCCUCUGCCUCAGGAGCCUCCCAUUGAGUUGACACCACUCUCAAUCCGUCAUAAAACCCCUCAAAUGCACGAUAGACGACCCGGAUAUGUUGGUCGCUUGGAACCUCCGCCACGUUCAAAGAAGCAUGCAAGUCAUCAUCAUCCGACGUUGUCGCAGGCGUGCAACGACCUGGAGAGGACUCUAGCCGGACUUGGUGAGCAGCCGCAGACACCCGGGCAACUCUCCCCUCGCAGUCCUCUCCAGAUUCUAGACGGGCCUCUGCAGAUUAGUAGAGGCAAUAUGGACAUGGUUGCGACCCGACCAGCCCCUCGACCCCCUGCUAGCGUGCAUAACAAUCGUCAGAUCCACAAAGUCAAAUCCCGCGAAGAUGUGAAACAAACAAAGAAAUCACUGAAGAACAAACCGUCCUUUUCCUUCUCAGUACCAGCCUUCGGUCGGAAACUGAGUCGUGUCCAUCAGCGAUCCACCAGUAACACCAGCUCCAAGUCAGAACCUGAAUCCUACCGGGCCAGCAUCCUCCAUCAGCCAGCUGUCGCAGAACUUGGAGACGGCGAGAUCGCUGAGCUACAGGGAUCUUCAGUCAUUGGUGUCCGUGAGAGACCUCUUUCCGCUGGCGGGGAGAAGGAACUUCGGAUGAGGCUUCCCCGCCUUCAGACAAAGGAAAUGGGGGAGUCCGGUCGGAAAAGAGACAACUUCCACAGCACUCAUGAAGACCCUGAACAGCUAAGAAGGCCGCAUGAGAGAGCGAGGGGCGCUUCUGUCGGAGAUAAGUACUUCGUAUCGUACAGCAAGCUCGAUGGUAUACCAGCCACUCAUCAACAUCAACAAACUUCGCAAACUUCAGCGAUGGUCUAUGAGCUGGAAGGCGGGUCCCCACAACCGCCAGCCGAGCUGCAAGGCGAUACCACCACUGCGAUCGAUGUACCUGUCAGGGUAUCUGUCAGUGUAUCUGUUGGCGCAAUGCCUGGUACUCUGCCUGACCGCGUUAUAUUAACGGUCUUGGAGCAUAUCACCUCCCUCGAUGACCUUUUCAAUGUUGCGGUAGCCCGCAGAGACUUCUAUCGAGUGUUUAAGAAGCACGAGUUGAAGCUUAUGAGGAUAGCUGUAUUCGCCAUGUCUGCGCCAGCGUGGGAGUUGCGCGAAAUGAGCCCGCCAUGGGAUACCGAAUGGCAAUUUGUGCUGGAUCCUGACGCCCCUGUGCCUGAAUACACGCCCAGCCGCUAUCUCAAGCGCUAUGCUGAGGAUAUAUACACACUGGCUCUUCUCAAAUCGCUUAUACUAGCUCGUUGUGGGACUUUUCUGCGCCCCGAAACGAUCCGUGGGCUAUCCGGCACUGACGAUGUUCGUGCCGCCGAGGUUGAUGAUGCCUUUUGGCGGGUUUGGACUUUCUGUCGCCUUUUCGGUUCCGGGAAAGGUAGAGAGGGAGACAUCGCGGGGCAGUUGGAUUGGUUGAGGGGUGGCAAGGUAGCCAGGAACCGACGUGUCUCGGAAUUCACGUCUAUAGCCGAUCCAUAUGACGCGAAUAGCGUUUUGUUCGAACCUCCUGCGGGGUUCGGGGAUGGCAAUACAGGAGGCUUAUCAAAGGAGCAGCUUCUUGAUAUGACGGAGAUAUGGACCUGCUUAGGUGUGCUUCUUCAGCCAAUGCACGGUAAGUGUAUUGAAGCACGAGCAACUGGAGUAUUCGACGGGCAUAAUGUAGAGGCAGACGAUUCUGCCAAGGAAGAAGCAGUUUUAGAGGAGUGGACCUACUACAUUCUCACACUUGGACUUUCAGCCGUCUUGGUGCUCGGCUCGAUUCAUCCCUAUGACAAUACUACUGCUGUUUUCCAGAGAGCCCAUUCGAUGGGCUUGACCAACUGGGAAGCAUCUGACACUGGUGCGAGCCGUUCGUCAUUCCUGAGAGAGGCUGUGUCGAAAGCUUGCCAGCCAAGGGGAAGUAGUACUUCUCAGGUGUCAACGCGCUCUCCUGGCUUUGGCUCUCCACCUUCGGGGUCGCAUGAUGUAUCACAAACUUCUAACGUUCCCGGCGACAGAGAGUCUUCGCCUGACUUUCAUCGCCGACGGCAAGCUGCCUACUCUGCCCAGUUAAGGAAUCAGAGGCAGCAACAGCCCAGUCCACCCAAUCCUAUGCUUGCUGAAGAACGGCCCAUAUCGCAUUAUGCGACCAUCAUGAGCCGCCUAGAAGGCCUUCCGCCCGCGCCUCAGCCGCCAAUGUCUGUGUCAAGGAUAGAAAUACCGCCUACUACCCACUCUUACGUGACAAACGUGUCCUAUAUGCAACCCCUCCAACCAGUCACACCAGUGUACUACCCACCACAGGUUCGCGACCCUGUUGACCACGCCAUUGACAUCAUGGUUCGAGAACUUGGCUUUGCGGAAGAGGAUGCCAAGUGGGCCCUCAAGAUAACAGACAGUGGCGAAGGUAUAAAUAUGAAUGCGGCGAUAUCUUUACUCACCAGGGAACGCAGGACCCAUGAGCAGAGUAGCAGGGGAUUUUCCCUAAGGAAACGCAAAAGCUUUCUCUCCUCGGUCAUCAACAGUCCGGAGUCGAGACAUUCAGGCUGGAAAUGGGCUUGAGCAGCAAUACAUCCUCGAUUAUUGUUGUCGCUUUAUCUUCACAUCCAUGGCAGCUAGUCCUGCAGUUGUUGUAUGUUCUGAUUCAUAAUUGCAUUGCAUUACGGCCUGCCUCCUUCCAAGGGUUUCCUUUGGCUCUAAGGCGUUGUUGUUCGGGUUGAUACCACUGUGUACCACAAUCUUCUGUUGCUUUUAUCUCUAUUACAAGCGUGUAUAGCCAUAUUUUACCAUUCAUUGAUUGACCAUCCAGGUUUCUGGAAAACCUUGAGAAGAUAUCGUUCUAGACUUCUCUUUUAGCGGAACUGGAGCUUACAAGGACGCCCGUUGAUCUACUGGAUAACCCCCUCCCCUUCUUAGGGAUGUACUUUUCAAAUUCCAGCAUCAUUUUGUAGCAAUUCUGGAGCCCC